AUGGCUGGGACAUCACCAGCGGGACAUACCCCGUCCCAUGUGCAGUCGUCACUUCCCUCAUUACCUGCCCAUCUACAAUCCGAUACCCAUCUCACGGCGCAUCUAGCUAGCCGUUUCCAUGUCGGACUUCCCACCGCACGGCUUUCUUCACACGCAUUGAUAAGUCUUAACAAUUAUACCUCAUCGUCAAAAGGUCCUGAUGGCGGCAAGGAUGGUAGUGCUAUGGGCGAGGCGGAGGAUCUUGCUAAAAGGGCGUAUACCCGUCUCGGUAGUCGAGGAGAGAACCAAGCGGUUGUUUUCUUAGGCGAGAGUGGUUCUGGAAAGACGACCCUUCGCUCACACCUUCUCUCAUCGUUCCUCUCGUACUCAUCAACUCCGUUGUCGUCAAGGUUGUCAUAUGCCGCCUUUAUAUUCGAUACCCUUACCACCACCAAAUCGUUAACGACGCCUACAGCCUCGAAGGCCGGCUUAUUUUUGGAAUUACAGUAUGAUGGAUCUUCCGCCAUCCAUCCCACCUUGAUUGGCGGGAAGAUCAUCGAGCACAGACUUGAGCGUAGCCGAAUUGCUUCGGUUCCUACCGGUGAACGGAGUUUCCACGCUCUCUACUAUCUGCUGGCAGGAACAAGCGCUGCCGAGAAGUCACACUUGGGCUUGGAUAGCUCUAUCCAUGUUACAACUGCCGGUGGUAGACUCACGUCUGCUGAUCACAAGAGGUGGAGGUACUUGGGCCACCCAACCCAGUUGAAAGUCGGUAUCAAUGACGCUGAUGGAUUUCAACAUUUCAAGACUGCUCUCCGGAAAUUGGAAUUUCCUCGGAGUGAAAUUGCUGAAAUCUGUCAGAUCCUGGCUGCUAUCCUUCACAUCGGCCAGCUCGACUUCGGCAGUGGACAAGCCACAAUGACUGGUGCGGAAGAAUCCGGUGGGUAUUCCCACGAAGGAGGCGAGACAGUUACCGUUGUGAAAAACAAGGACGUUCUAUCCAUCGUUGCCGCAUUUCUCGGCCUUGGUCUUGGGGAAUUAGAGACAAGCUUUGGGUACCGCACAAAAACCAUCCACCGAGAGCGUGUCACUGUCAUGCUUGAACCGAAAGGGGCACGACGAAACGCAGACGAGCUCUCCCGUGUCCUAUACUCACUUCUGGUUGCCUAUGUCAUUGAGAACGUGAAUCAAAGAAUCUGUGCUGCCGAAGACAGCGUGGCGAAUACGGUAUCAAUCAUCGACUUCCCUGGAUUUGCUCAAGCAUGCUCUACCGGUUCAACGCUUGAUCAACUUUUGAACAACGCAGCGAUCGAAUCUUUGUAUAACUUCUGUCUCCGGUCGUUCUUCGAUCGCAAGGCGGACAUGCUGGAACGCGAGGAGGUUGCCGUCCCCGCAACAAGCUAUUUCGACAACACCGAUGCCGUGCGUGGUCUAUUGAAGCAAGGCAACGGGUUGCUGAGUAUUCUAGACGACCAAACUAGACGUGGAAGAACAGAUGCUCAGUUCGUUGAAGCUGUGCAUAGGCGGUUCGAGAAUAAGAACACUGCCAUCAAUGCUGGCUCCGCCGGGGCACAGCCUGGAUAUGGUAUGGUUUCACAAAAUGCUCGCUCAUCCUUCACUGUGAAGCACUUUGCCGGAGAAGUUGACUACUCCGCCACUGGCCUUCUCGAGGAGAACGGAGAGGUCAUCUCUGGGGACUUGAUGAACCUCAUGAAGUCUACUCGAAGCGAUUUUGUGAGAGAGCUCUUCGGUCAAGACGCCCUGCAAACAGUGGCACAUCCUAAAGAGAAAUCUGCAAUAAUGCAGGCCCAAGUAAGCUCAAAGCCAACUCGGAUGCCUAGCAUGGCAAGGCGCAAAGCCAGCCCUCCUUCGCGGCUCACCUUCGAUGCCGCCGUGGCUGAAGAUCCGUAUGAGUCGGAAAGUCAAGCAGGCAGCUCAGCCAAGAACUCGUCAGCGAAGCGUAAGAGCGGAAUGCUCAUGGGCGGCAUGCAAGGCGCUGCCGGACAGUUCCUUUCGUCUCUUGACAUUGUGAAUAAAUGUCUAACUGCCAACAACCUGAACCCAUACUUUGUCUUUUGCCUAAAGCCGAACGACAGACGUAUCGCAAACCAGUUUGAUAGCAAGUGUGUGAGAGCGCAGGUGCAGACAUUGGGAAUUGCUGAAAUUAGUCAACGACUGCGAAAUGCUGAUUUCAGCGUCUUCCUGCCGUUUGCUGAAUUCCUUGGCCUCGCAGAUGUGGGCAAUAUCGUGGUGGGCAGUGAUAAGGAGAAGUCUGAAGUCGUCUUAGACGAGAAACGUUGGCCUGGCAAUGAAGCCCGGGUCGGCAGUACAGGAGUGUUCCUCAGCGAAAGAUGCUGGGCAGACCUUGCCAAGGUAGGCGAGCGCGUCUUUCCUUCCUACGGUCUCGAGGAUGAUGGCGGCGAUGCACUACUCCAUCCCCGUUCGGCGAACUAUGCCGACUCCAAGGUCCGACUACUCAACCCCGCCGACCACUCACCCGGUGCAUAUAUCUAUGGGGACGAAUCGAAGCAGGGAUCCAAUGCUAGUCGAGACUUCGACGGACGCUCUGACGCUGGUCUUUCAGCAUUCAAUUCGGGUGAUAUGUUCCGCAACUUGGAAACAAGGGAACAAAUGCUUGAAAAGGGGAAUGAGAAGCAAAUGGAGGAAGUCGACGAGUUAACCGUCUCCGGCAGUCGAAAGCGCUGGAUGGCCCUCGUUUGGUUUCUCACUUGGUACAUUCCAACUCCUGCCAUCCGUUAUAUCGGUAGGAUGAAGCGCAAGGAUGUUCAAGUUGCUUGGCGUGAAAAGCUUGCAAUCAACCUUAUGAUUUGGUUGUGCUGUGGUAUUGCGAUCUUUAUCAUUGUCGGGUUCCCCAUGCUGAUUUGCCCUACUCAACACGUUUAUUCCGCUUCAGAAUUGUCGUCGCAUGACGGCGAGGACGGUAACAGUGCAUAUACUUCCAUCCGCGGUCUAGUUCUAGACCUUGGUGAAUUCAUGCCCCAACAUUAUCCAAAUAUCGUCCCGCAGUCAGCGUUGAAGAAAUACGCUGGUAAGGAUUCAACAGGCCUUUUCCCAGUUCAAGUCUCAGCCCUGUGUGCUGGCAAAAAUGGCAAGGUCGAUCCGAAAGUGUUGCUCAGUUACGAGCCGACGAAUUUCACGGGCUCUGUUCAAACAGUCGGUUCUGGCGACGCCAAUUCUUUGUACCACGACUUCAGAUGGUUCCGAAAAGGUGGUGACUAUCGCCCAGACUGGUACACUGAACAGAUGAGGGUGCUCAAGGCCAACUAUUACAAGGGCUGGAUCGGUUACAGUUCUCAAUAUAUGAAAACCCUAGCGGAUAAAGACCAAAACGUGGCAAGUAUUAACGGGAAAGUCUACGAUUUGACAACUUACAUCGCUGGAGGUCGCCGUAUUCAAGGUCGGGAGGGCGAGGAUAUAUCUGGCGUCGAUUCUGACUUCAUGGAUCCGUUGGUGGUUGAGCUCUUCCAGCAAAAACCUGGCAAAGACAUUACGAAGCUUUGGGAGAAUCUACAGAUUAGUCCCAAGAUGCGUACUGAUAUGAUGAACUGUCUGGACAAUCUUUUCAUCGCCGGCCAUGUCGAUACCCGAAACUCGACUCAAUGCCAAUUCGCGCAGUACUUCAUCCUUGCAAUCUCGAUUCUCAUCUGCUCCGUUGUCAUCUUCAAAUUCUUUGCUGCGCUGCAAUUUGGGAAGAAAAACCUUCCAGAGAACUUGGACAAGUUUAUCAUCUGUCAAGUUCCGGCGUACACCGAGGACGAAGAAUCAUUACGCCGUGCUAUCGAUUCGAUGGCCCGUAUGCGGUAUGACGAUAAGCGCAAACUUCUCGUCAUUAUCUGUGAUGGUAUGAUCAUCGGUCAAGGCAACGAUCGUCCGACGCCUCGAAUUGUUCUCGAUAUCUUGGGUGUUCCAGAAACAGUUGAUCCAGAACCGCUUAGCUUCGAGAGUUUGGGUGAAGGAAUGAAGCAACACAAUAUGGGUAAAGUCUACUCCGGCUUGUACGAGGUCCAGGGCCAUAUCGUUCCUUUCCUCGUCGUUGUUAAAGUUGGAAAGCCAUCCGAAGUCUCGCGGCCUGGUAACCGUGGAAAGCGUGACUCGCAGAUGGUUCUGAUGCGAUUCCUGAACCGCGUCCAUUACAACCUCCCCAUGAGCCCCAUGGAACUUGAAAUGCACCACCAGAUUCGGAAUAUCAUUGGAGUCAAUCCAACUUUCUACGAAUUCAUCCUGCAAGUCGACGCCGAUACUGUCGUUGCCCCGGAUGCUGCAACCCGGAUGGUCUCUUCCUGUCUGAACGAUAUCCGUAUAAUUGGCGUUUGCGGUGAAACAUCGCUUACAAAUGCCAAAACUUCUGCGGUGACUAUGAUCCAAGUCUACGAAUACUACAUCUCCCACAAUCUCACCAAGGCGUUCGAGAGUCUUUUUGGGUCCAUUACUUGUUUGCCUGGAUGUUUCACCAUGUACCGCAUUCGAUCUGCCGAGACUGGGAAGCCGCUUUUCGUCAGCAAAGAAGUUGUGGAAUCCUACUCGGAGAUUCGUGUCGACACACUGCAUAUGAAGAAUUUGCUGCAUCUUGGUGAAGAUCGCUACCUGACCACUCUGCUUCUGAAACAUCAUCCAAAGUUCAAAACCAAGUACAUCUUCCGAGCGCAUGCUUGGACCAUUGCUCCGGAAAGCUGGGCUGUCUUCCUCUCCCAACGUCGCCGCUGGAUUAACUCUACUGUGCACAACCUUGUUGAGCUGAUUCCACUUCAGCAACUUUGUGGUUUCUGCUGCUUCAGUAUGAGAUUCGUGGUGUUUAUUGACCUUAUCAGUACUAUUAUUAUGCCCGUCACCAUCGCCUACAUCAUUUACUUGAUUGUCUGGCUCGCACGCGACACAUCGACUAUUCCUUGGACGUCGUUCCUCCUUCUUGCUGCAAUCUAUGGUCUACAGGCCAUUAUCUUCAUCAUGCACCGGAAAUGGGAAAUGAUUGGGUGGAUGAUAAUUUACAUUCUCGCCAUGCCCGUAUAUGCACUGGCCCUACCGCUCUAUUCAUUUUGGCAUAUGGAUGACUUCUCCUGGGGUAAUACUCGUGUCAUCACUGGAGAGAAGGGCCGCAGGGUCGUCAUAUCAGACGAAGGAAAAUUCGACCCGGAAACUAUUCCAAAGAAGAGGUGGGAGGAGUACCAGGCAGAGCUGUGGGACGCCCAGACGUCUCGAGACGAUCGGUCCGAGAUCUCGGGCAUCUCGUAUGGCACCAAGUACCACCCUACGGCGCAAUCCGAGUAUGGAUUCCCCGGUACAAGGCCGAUGUCCCAACUCGACCUGCCUCGCCAUAUGUCUCGAAUGUCGCUGGCACCAUCAGAAAUGAUGAGCCGCCAUAUGGACAUGGAAAUGGAAGACAUCAGCCAUCUACCAAGCGAAGACGCCAUUCUUUCGGAGAUCCGCGACAUUCUACGCACGGCGGAUUUGAUGACCGUUACGAAGAAGAACAUCAAGCAGGAGCUCGAGAGACGUUUUGGCGUCAACUUGGAUGCCAAACGCCCGUAUAUCAACUCUGCCACGGAAGCUGUGCUCUCCGGCAACCUCUGA